GCGCCUCUCCGGUAAUGUUCCACACAAAUCCUGUGAUCAGAUCCGCACGCCCCUCUCCGCCCCUGCUGCUAGGCAGGUGGAGAGACUUAUGCAUUCAUCCGUAGAGUAGAAAAUAUCCGCUGGCAUCUGGGGAGGGUCGGUUGUGGUGAGCGCGUCCCCGAUGUACUUCCAGCGUGUGACCUCGGACAGUGGGAGAAGAGCGGGGCAGCAGAUGAGCACAGCCCCGCCGAUGAUGUUUCCCACCGAGCCGCAUCUGACCACGGGAGGGGGCCUAGCGACGGAGGAAUGAGAUGCACGAGUGAAAAGUUGACCCGAUUUAGGCGCGGUUUUCGGCUAGAGAGGAGCAUUUGUGACUACACUCCGGUGCUGGAAGUUCCCCCGGAGAGGAAGGAGGAGGGGCGGCCAUCAUGGCUUCAGGCGCCGGUAAGGCUGCACAGCCGGCGGGGUCUGGAUCCGCCGUCAACGGGACUGCGGCAGAGUUCCAGAGCAUCGAUCAGGAGAUCUUCGACAACCAGCUGCACAACAAGAUGUGCAAGAAGAUCGCCCAGCUCACCAAGGUGAUUUACUCUUUGAACAUGAAGAAUGAGGAGCAGGAGGCGGCUCUGCAGGCCUUGAACUACGCCCAUGACGAGGAGCUGCACCGCAUCCUGAUGGAGACAUGUCACGAGGGGGAGGGCUCGGUCCUGAGGAUGAGGCUCCUGGAGCUGCAAGAGUCCCUGGACGAGCAGCAACGAGUCGGAGCUCAGGUUCAGGCAGACUUUGAGUGUUUCCGGAUCCAAGCAGAGGAGCGAGAGCGUGAAACUGAGUCUGAGCUGCGAAAAGAGUUCAGCGAGCGACUUCAGGCCGCAGAGGAGGAGCUGCGGAGUUCCAGAUCCCAGAUCAGUGCGGCUCAAGAGGAGAGCCUGAGACUGAGCGCUGAGCUGAAGAAGGCUGAAGAGAAGAUCCAGGAGCUGGAUGCCAAAUGUGACGAGCGACAGAAAGAUGAUGAUGAUGAUGAUGAUGAGUGGAGGAAGACAGAGCAGAGGAGACUGAGGGAUAAUGAGCAGGAAAAUCAAGUGCACCUGGAAAGGCUGCUGGAGGAGAUCCAGAUGCUGAAGGAGGAGAGACGUGAAGCAGAGGAGAAGAGAAGGAAUGAGGUCCGAGAGGAGGAGGAGCGAUGGGAGCAAAAGUUCAAUGAUAUGAAUGAAGAAAGAGAACAAAUGAGGAAGAGAAUGGAGGCAGACUGGAGGGACGAGCGGCAGCGCUGGGAAGAGAGAGAAGAAGAGGAGAAGAAAGGAAUGCACAGCGCCUUACGAGAACGAGUGAAGAGAGCAGAGGCCGAGGCGGAGGGUCACCUGGAGAGACUGGCGGAGAACAAGAGGAACAUGGUCAAACUGCAGGAGAGAAUACAGGACCUGGAGGAGGAGCUGGAACUAGAUCGGAGGCGUGUUUCGGAGGCCGAGGGUGUGGCUAAGCGGGCGGAGGAGGAGCUUGCUGUUGCCAAGGAGCGUCUGCUGUUGCAGGAGGAUGAGCUGCAGAGCAAAGCAGAAGAGCUUCAGAACCACGGUGUGUGUGAGGUGUGCGUGUGUAUGGAUGUGGAGGAGCUGAAAAGGGAGGUGAAUCGUCUGCAGAGCAGGAACAGAGAGCUGGAGCUCCAGAGCAGUGGGAGAAACAACGACCACGUCCGGCAGAUCAGACAGCACGCUGAGGCUUUGUCCAGCUUGCGUUCAGAAAUGGUCCGAGCGCAGACGGAGGAGCUUCGGCGAAUCCAAAAACAUGCGGACGACGAGAGAGAUAAACUUCAGAGGGAAAUGGAUAGAGAGAAGGAGAACUUGCAGAGGGAAAGAGAGAAAGAAAAGGAGCACCUGGAGAAGGAGAGGAACAGGCUUCGCAGAGAGAGGGACGAGGAGAAGAAUGUGGUGCAGAAAGAAGUGGAAGGAGUCAAAGAACAUCUAAGGAGGGAGAAGGAGGAGGAGGUGGAGCGUUUACGGAAAGAGCUGGAAGUGGAGAGGGUUCGCGUUCGUUCUCAGCUGGACAAGCACAUGGAGCACAUCGACGCAGAGAGAGUCUGUGUUCAGCAGAAGCUAGAGGAGGAGAAGAGGAGGUUGGUAGAGAAGGCUGAGGAGGACAGGAAGAGAUUAAAGGAGCAGGUGCGAAAGGCCAUUGAGGAGGUGAUGAGGAGACACGCAGCAGAACUGCAGAGUGUCCAGGAAGCUCUGAGCUCCGAGCGCAAGACCAACCAAGAGGUAUGUGCACAUCUAGAGGAGGAGAGGAGGGCAAGCGUGGAGCUUCACAGCAGGUUGAUGAAACAACAAGAAGAACAUGAAUCUAAAGUGAUGGAUGUCACCAGUGAGAUCAGUCGGUUAAAGUCGGUCCUCCAGCAGAAAGAGCAGAAAGACAAGGCUGCUCCUGAAGUUGCCCCCUCAUGUGGACCUCACUGCUCACGGCUGGAAGAGGAGCUACGUGAGGUGCGGACCCGACUGGCUCAGGUGCAGGAAGAGAGCGAGCACAAGCGAGACCGGCUGCAGAGGGAGAUCAGUUCUCUGAGAGCAGACAAACACCGACUGGAAGAGAAAGUUCUGGAGCAGAGCAGGGUCAACACAGAGAGAAACCUCCUCAGUCAGAGUCAGAGGAACACAGAAGAACGGAUCAGGUCAGAGUGUGAGGAGCGUCUCCGAGCAGAGUUCAGGAUAGAGAUGAACGCUGCCGUAGCCGAGAGCGAGCAGCGCUGGCAGAACCAGGAACAGGAGCUGCAGAAUCAGAUCAGUGAGCUGCAGAGUCAACUGGCCGAGCUGCAGGAGGAAAAAAAGAAAGGUGACGGUUACCAUGGCAACCCUGAAAUUGACAGGCUGAAGAGGGAGGUCCAGGAGACCAAGGAAAUAAACAAAAAGUUGAAGGAUCUAUUGCAGGAGCCUCAGAGCCAGACUUUAGCUGAGGAGCGACACAAGCACAGCUUGGAGCUGCAAGCUUUAGAACGACAAGCGAGAGAAGAUCUGCUGUCUGAGAGGAACCGACUUCAGACAAUGCAGCACCUGGAGUUAGAUAAGCAGCGUGCAGAGUUGACCCAACAGCACACGGAGUGGAGCCGGCAGAUGACCCAGAGACACAUGCAGCAGAUAGAAGACCUCCAGGCCCAACUGCAGGCACACACGCAGAUGAUGGCUCUGCAACAGGACCUAAAGCAGCAGAAUCAGAACCAAGUGUUUGAACGACAGUUGGACGAGAGCCGCUGUGCCUUGUUGGAGCUGCAGAGAGAAAACGCCACGCUGAGGAAACAAUUGAAAGACAAGUCAAUACAAGAGAGCCCCAGAGUGGAAGAGAAAGAGGAGGACAGCACAGAAAUGAAGGAGAAGAGAGACUCCCAUCUUGAAGAAGAAGCACAACGUCUGAAGGAGCAGGUGGAGAAGCUGAGGGUGGAGAUGGAGAAGCUGGAGGAGUCGCAGAAGCACUGGGAGGACAGGAAGGAGGAGGACGACAAAGAGGAAGAGUUGGAUGAGGAGAAAAAGAAGGAGCGAGAGGAAGAACGGCGGCGGGAGGAGCUGGAGGAGAUCAGGAGGGAGCACAAACGGGAGAUGCAGAGUUUGGUGUCCGAGUACAGCAAUGCUCAGACGCACCUGCAGGCUCGAAUCGUGGCCUUGGAAAACGAGUUGCGAGAGCGUGAGGAGCGAUGCAGAAGGAGGGAGCCGCGGUGCGAUGACCCGCAGUUGGGGAAGCUCCAGGAGAGGAUAACGGAGAGAGACGCGCUCAUUAAACGACUAGUGGAGGAGAGACAUCAGCUGCAGCUACAUCCUCCUGUCGCCGGGGACAACAGCACCCUCAGGCCUCGUGACAGUAAAAUCCUUCCUCCGAGUGUCACGCCAACCAUGAGGAGAAAGUGUGCCGAGCCGCCUCCUUGCGUCACCAGCAUCCCCAGCGCAGCAUCUCACGACAGGAACCUCCUGCCUCAGACGUCGUCCUCCUCAAUCCACCUCCACUCUUCCUCGACUCUUCCGCACCAGUCCAGCUCACACCACCACAGCUCCGCCCACUACUCCACCUCUUCUCUGCCGCACAAGCACAGCUCCCUCAGCCAGCAUUCAUCCCCAUCCCUCCUACGCUCAACCAGAUCACGGACUUCCUGCAUCCCUCCCACUCCAGCGCCCACUGCCCCCCUUCCAGUCUGCCCCUCGCCACAGUUGGGGAUCCGCUAUGUGUCGCCUUCCUGCCAGGACCCCGCUGCACACCUACAUGCUCAAACAAUGAGGGGCCCAUAUCUGGAGCAGAGGGCCACGGAAGGGUUAAAGCACGAGUGGUUUACCAAAUACUUCUCCUUCUGAGCACAAACCGCAGCUGCAAAAUCCAGAUCCUGGACUACAGUUCAGUGCGUCUUCGUUGUCUGUUUGUCACACACAUACUCAGCAACAAUCAUGAAAUGAACUCGACAUAUUUUGCACAUCAACGUCUUAAGAUCUAUUGGGAGAACCACUAUAUUAGUGGCCCUCAAUAAUCUGCUCAAGCAGCACUUAUGAAUUCUGAUGAAAUAAAAAAAGAUGUGAAACAUAUGAAGGAUGGCAUUGAAAGACUGAAGGUCUUUGAAUAUUUAAAGAAUGUGUGCAUGAAUCCUCCACAACAGUGAACCCUCCCCACCCAGAAUUUGGCUUCUUGGAUAUCAACCCAACAAAUAUUUUAAGCUUGUGAACAUUACCUCAUAUAUAAAAUAUAUUAUCUUGGUAAUGAAAUCUUGAUUUUGGAGUCCAUGUGAGCUGAUCUCAAAUGCGUUAAGCUAUGUUAUAAAAGUAAGCCCAUUUUGGUGAAUCAUCGCUGGCGCUCUGAAGGAAAGAGAAAUGGUGGCUACAAGGAUUCCAGCUCUGAUUUUGAGUUCCAGUCUUGUGUGUGUCAAGCUAUUGCAAUAUUCGAGCAUGCACACCUUUGUCUUACACUGCCAAGCCAUAUGAUUUUGCGGUCCUUUAUCUGGAAGUGCAGAGCUCAUCUAGAAUGAAGCCUGGGGGUCAGACAGUGGUUAUAACAUGUGGUGCCUCUGAGCUGGACAUAUCUGUCCGGUUCGUCCAUCCCAACCAGUUGAUAGCUACAAGUCAACCAGGAAUUUCCCAUCUGUGAGUCUUCUUACAAAACUCAUGAACAAAAUCGCACUUCAGCUCAGAACAUGUUGAAAACUGUUGAAAGGUCAUCAUUCUUUCUGGAGUCAUAGAAGUCUGGUGCAUUGUUUGGACACUUGAGCUCACCCUGCCUCGGUACGUGCCGCAGUGGUACUCACUGGAUGGAAGCCAUGAGCUUCUUCUGCUCCCUGAUAACAGGUCAGUUAUCAAUGUGCUCAAACACUCACACAUAGUCUUCCGCAUCAUUAAGAGUUAAGCGUUUAUUAAAGGGGCCCUAGUGCGUAUUUCAUUUUCCUCCUAAUUGAAACUCACUUGCUCUUAAAAUAGCAACAAUAUACAAUUUUAAAUGCCUAUAUCCACCAAUUUAUAUAAAGUUAGAUUUGCAAGACGACAUGGCAUUGAAGUGACGACGGAAAUGUCUUGUCCGAAUGAUUCAAGCUGAAGAUAAUGUAAGGCUUGGUUUAUUUUUAAAAGAUGCACAUUGUUCUUUCUCAUGCCAAGUUGAGGUGACCUUUCUAACUAUGUAGAUAACUCUUAAUGCAUGGGAUGUGCGCAGGAACCAUGGCCAUUAGAACUGUAACGCCCCCAAGCAGCCCUGACUGGAUUAUCUGGGAUCCCAAACCCGUCCACUCCAACUGCUGCUGCCCAUCAAGGUAAGCGUAGGCUUGAGAGGGGCAGAGCCAACGUCAAUGACAUGCACCCCUGCCAACAGAUUCAUACUCAUAGGAGCUUCUGAAUGUCACGGAUGGUAGUAAAUCUGGGUAAAAUGACAGGACGUUUUGAGCGUUUUUCAGGUGAAUUUCCAGUUGACAAUGGGAUGCACGUUGGUGGAGAUUCAACUGGAUUUAAUACAUCAAUGGCUUAUCACCGCUGCCGCUCACCUCCAUUCAGAACUAGCAAAAAAAAACCUGAAUACUUCUGUGCUAACGUUACCUACUAGAAGGUCUUCCUUGCACUACAUGCCGGAGCCUUUGCACACUAGCCUGACGGCAUCAGUUGCAGCUGGAAGAAUGUUAUUUUAAUGUCUUUUCUCAUAGGUCAGACAUUGAAGGGCCAUAAAUCUAAAAGCCUAUAACCCUUUGAUAGUCGUUGGUGUUCAUGCUGCCAUCAGGUUUUGAGUUGAAAUGAUAGAGCUUCGCGACCACCCUCCCCAGAUUAGUGGGCGACUUGAGCUGUAACCACGACAGCGCCAUCGUCCAAGCUCAUCACCAGCAAGGCCAUCUCAAACAUUGCCUCAAAGCUCAACCCGAAAGUGCUUCUCAAACACAUGCCUGACCUCGGAUCACAGACCGAUUGGACCUUGUAUAAUUUGGAAUGUCUCCGUAUGUUUUUUUUUUCUUUUUGUUUUUAACUGUCUUCCUUUUCUAUUGCGACGUCGGUCGAGUUGUCUGACUGUUUCGUCAGCACCUGAGAUCUUCAACUACACACUCCACCCAACAUACCAAAACAAAGCUUGUCUCUAAGCAACAAUGUGUAAUGAUC